AUGAAAGACAUAUUAAGUCACAAGAAGGAUUGGAGAGAGGUAGAAACAGUCGUCCUCACUGAAGAUUGCAGUGUAGUAAUCCAGAAGAACUUACUAGAGAAACUUCAGGAUCCUGGGAGCUUCAUGAUACCAUGCACCCUAGGGGACGCCUGCAUAAGGAUGGCCCUAUGUGAUCUUGGAGAAAGCAUUAACCUAAUUCCUGCAUUAUUAAUAAAGCAGCUCUGUUUGACUCAAGAAGUCAAGCCAACCCGCAUAUGCCUUCAGUUAGCUGAUGGCUCUAUCAAGUUUCCACUAGGUGUGGUGGAAGACAUGAUUACCAGGCAUCCAGACACCCUAGAGGAAUACAUGAGCAUUGAUAUCAUUGAUUCUCUAGUGGAAGAAGUGAAUAUAGUCAAUGGACUCAAAGAAAAACUAGAGGACAUCCUUUAUGAUGUCGAGCCUGAUUUAAAAGCACCAGAAGAAAGGAAGGAGACCUUAAAAGGCUCCUAA